CCAGAAAAUGCACUGACAAAACUUUCAUAAAAUAAUGUGGCCGGCUUGUAUCGAAGUCUGUUUUUGGAGCAGCAUUUUUAGGAACUAUAAACUAUUAUGCCAGAUUACAGCCAUCGAGAUGGAGAUACAAUGCACUUUGAUAUACACUUCAUAGUUCAUGAAGCAUGCACUUUGCCUUGUGUGGUUCAAUGUCUUAUGUGGGGAGAAAAGCUGAACUUGGACCAACUGUUAAUUGAUUUCUCCUCUUUGAUGUAAACUCAAUCAUAAUGCUCAUUUCUAUUCUAAUUGUUGCACGUUCAGUUAAAAGCGCGCUGCUGUUACUGAUCAGGUGCAAAUUACUAUUAACAAAACCCCAGAAAGUUUAACUUGGUACAUGAAUGUCGAAUGACAUAUUAGGUACUAACUUGUCGAAGAGGUGUCUUCCCUUGAUUGUGCUAGAUUACCUUGAUGUUUUGUCUUUAUCAGCCCAGCUAUGUCCCAGCAAGAAGAUUCAUGAUCAUGAAAUCCUGGAGGGGUUCGUUAAAUUUUGUGGUGCAAGACCAUUGUAUGCAUGGAUAACCUUGAUUCCUAAAGGAAAUGGAUCAGAUUUGGACUACUGCUACAGGUGCGGCCAUUUGCUUCAUUGGUUUUGGCAUCUGGUCAUUGAUGAGGACACACAGACUGCACGAUAGCGAUACAUAACAAACUCAGAACAUAAUUUUGCGCCGUAUGGUGUGUAUCGUUUUGAUCCACUUGAAUCUUUUCCAGGUUGGAUAUGCGAAAGCUGAUUGAUAGGACUCAUCAAGGAAGCAGAAUUUUCGAGUUGGCAUGUCCGUCAGGACUAAGAAGAAUACAUGUGGCUGUGAGAGUCUAAGAGAUCGUGGAAUUCAUGUCAGUGCUGGGAAAGGAAGGGGUGAAAUUCUGUUGGGUGAUGAGCAAGCAAGCAAGCAACAGGCUGGGUUGCUGAUGCUUCUUAUUAGCUUGUUGAACAAGGAUGGUCGGGAAUUGCAAGUUAGGUUCCAAGAAGAACCCAACUACAAGAAGAUAUUAGAGACAGAAGCCAUUAACACGGCUGAUGGGAAGCAUCAUGGGCACAUGCACGUGUGGGCACCAAAAAGAAAGAAGAAGGCAAGAAACAUCUCAUCAUCUAACAAACCAACAGGAACCAGCAAGCAGGCAUUGAUGGAGAAAAGUAGCAGUACUACUGCUGUAGUGGUAGCGAUAGGAUGGAGAUGGAAAGAAGCUGCCUACUGGUCUGGUCUGGUCUGGUUGGCAGCUGAUCGAUCAGCUUUGGCAAUUAUUGUUUUGACAUUUUCUUUUGUUUUUGCAGGGGAUUAAUUAACAUAUACGCAUAGUGGGAAGAGAUGGGAAAUGGUUGAACGCGGGGAAGCCACGUCUUUGCAGGUAAAGCCAUUCAUGGGGGAUUGAAUGAAUUUUUGUGGGCAAUAUAUGGCUGUGCAUGGCUUCAUGUAGUUUCAGUCAUGGAGGUAGAGGGGACGUUUUGUGGGUUCGUCGUUUGUCUCUCCUAUCCUCUCUGCAGAGAAGGAGAGGAAUUGAAGGUGCUUGUUAGGAUAGGAUAGUGAUGCCCCAUGAAUGGUUGUGCUAUAAUGUGUUCUGUAGCAAAGGGAAGGAAGAUGACCCACUGCCUUUCGUCAAGUACUCCUGAUCUCUCCCUGCUCUUAUGGCGAGGCAGAAAUCAGGGCUUAUGGGCCCAAAUGGGUUGUAUUAGUCGUAUGCGUGGGCGUUCCGCAGCCCCACUCGUAUUAGUAGUAUACAGACCGUAUAGUAGUUGGCCCAUAUGCAUAGGGGUGAUAAACGGUUAUGCCGCUA